CGCGUUCCGGCGUCCGUGCUUCCUGGAUCCCAGUGCCACGUAAGAACACCGGCGGCGGACAGAGCUCGGCCGUGCUACUGGGGAAGAGUCGCGUCUUCGCCACAAACGAGGAAGAACCGGGGGAGAAAUGGGGGGAUCGCAGAGUGUCGAGAUUCCCGGAGGAGGGUCGGAGGGUUACCACGUCCUCAGAGUACAAGAGAAUUCCCCAGGUCACCGUGCAGGAUUGGAGCCAUUCUUUGACUUCAUUGUUUCUAUAAAUAACAAUAGAUUGAACAAAGAUAAUGACACUCUGAAGGACCUUCUGAAGGUGAAUGUGGAAAAGCCUGUGAAGAUGCUGGUGUACAGCAGCAAAACACUGGAGCUGAGGGAGACCGCUGUCACACCCAGCAACAUGUGGGGCGGCCAGGGGCUGCUGGGGGUCAGCAUCCGCUUCUGCAGUUUCGAGGGAGCCAAUGAGAACGUGUGGCAUGUGCUGGAAGUGGAGGCCAAUUCGCCGGCCGCCCUGGCUGGACUGCGGCCGCACACGGACUACAUAAUUGGAGCAGACACGGUCAUGAACGAGUCGGAGGACCUUUUCUCGCUAAUCGAAACGCACGAAGGAAAAGGUCUGAAGCUGUACGUGUACAACACGGACACGGAUAACUGCCGAGAGGUGGUCAUCACGCCCAACAGCGCGUGGGGCGGAGAGGGCAGUCUGGGCUGCGGCAUCGGCUACGGAUAUCUCCACCGGAUACCGACCCGGCCGUUUGAAGAGGGCAAGAAGAUCAGUUUUCCUGAGCAGAUUCCCGGCCAGCCGGUCAGCCCAGUGAAGGACGGCUUCACUGAGGUGCAGCUCUCCGCUGUCAGCCCACCUGCGGCUGUCCCGCCAGCUGCCUCGGGGCUUGAAGAGGGGCUGUCUGGCCUGUCAAUCAGCUCAGCCACGCCCACAAUACCCAGCGUUCUACACACAGGUGUCCCAACUGUGCCUCUCUUGCCCACGCAAGUCAGCCCUUCGAUGGCGGGCAUCUCGCCCCUCAGCCCAGCCAGCACAUUACAGGGCUUGAUGACCCUUCCAGGCGGCCUCCCCCCGCUUCCCACCCUACCCAACGUGAACCUGACGCUACCGGACCCGACUGCCGCUUCGUUACCAGGGAUCGGGUCGCUGCCCCCAUCCACAGCAGGCCUGCCUCCCCUCACCUCCCUGCCGCCCCUGAGCCUGUCGGGCUUGGGCCCGCUUCCCAUGCCCACCAUGCUGCCCCCCCAGCUGGCCACGCGGCUGCCCCUAGUCUCGGACCUGUCGCUCCCGCCGCCCGCUGUUCCGGGUCUGGCUGAUCCGGCAGCUGCUCUGAUUCUGGACGCCGUCGCCACCGCAGUCUCUCCUCGCCCCCCCAGUGACGGGGGCGCACCCCCAGAGUCCGGCACUAUGGAGACGCAAGUGACAAAGGCUGAGGCAUCCUCCGCCUCCUCGUAACAGCAACCCCCUCCCCCCCCCCGACCAGCUCUAUUUAGAGUAUUUAUUCAGUCGCAGGAGAGAUUGCACGUCCCUACAGAGAAACCCGCCGUACUGCAUAAGGCACAUCCUAACAGUGAAAGCAGGGCUCCGCAUGUCGGCAGGAACAGCGAAGGGAGUGAAGUGAAGGUCACAUUCACCGCUCAUAUUCUCUACUUUACAUAGUCUCUGUCUGCAGGCCCUGUGAUUCAUCCCAAUAUAAUCAUUCACUGAUCAGCGCGCUAGUUUGUUUUGGGGAAACCAUAGGUUUUGGUCCACUUCUUGAUAUUUUUCCCUCUUUUUUUUUUUUUUUCUUUUUUUCCUUUUUCCAUUACCACCACAUAAAUGUUUCUUUUGGUUCUGUGUAUCCCAUCUCGUAUAGCAGCGAUAGACAGUCCAGCUCUACCGCUCCUUUCCGGUAAAAUCCAGAGCAUUGUGUGGUGCCCUUUGUGUGCUGUUUGAGGAGUAUUUCGUUGCAGGGUACUUAACGCCCUACGCUACAGGGGGAAGUUAUUGGGAAUUAAAUGGGUGCUGUUUGGCUGGAGACCCAAGGAGGGCGCUGUUGGCCACAUUCAGAAAAAUAACCAUGUCAUCAUACACAAGCAAUAAACUCAAGGAAUUUUACACUA